AUGGCUCCUUCGUUCCUCAACAUCCGACAGCUUCGCAGGAAAUCCAGAACCAGCCUCAAGACCGACAAAUCAACAGAUGCCUCUAGCGACGGCGGCCAUAGUCACGGUACGACUCCUACCAGUGGUUCCCUUACGCCGCCCUCUCUCGGCCACCAAUCCGACCCCAGUCUGCAUCUCCAGCAGCGUGGUAACACAACACCACCCCUCGUCCCGCCGUUGCCGCCGCUCGCGUCCUCGGUGAGCUCGACUUCCGUCAACACAAAAAGAUAUAGCGUCAACGGCAUGGCUGGUCUCGGUUCUCCCAUGAUGAACGGCGGCAGCCGCGCACUGCCUGUCUCGCCCUAUUCCCCACGCAUUACCAACGUCGCGGACAAUUCCUGGGCCUACCAAAAGAUCCUGAUCAUCAAUGGCACCAUUGGCGACGGCAACCUGCAGAACCUCGACGGUGUCGUCACGGUCAGCCGCCUUGACGAUGGCUUCCCACCUGUACAAUGGCCCGUGACCGAGUCGCACUUCAAGUCCCUCGUGUACCUUAUGCCUGGCGCCAAUAAGCUGCGCUUCGACUUUGCCAGCCCCAAACUUGCCAACAGCGGCACCUCCAACCCCAUUCACUCCUCCUUCAUCACUCUUCACAUGGUGCCUCCGACCAAUGCACCGCCAUUGCAGUUGGCCAUUCUCUUGGCUAGGGAUUCCCCUGGUACCUUUGAUGCUGUGCCUGCCCGCGUUGAGCGCGAGGGCAACGGCCUGGAGACGGCGAUCCGAAAGUUCCGCAUGGCGGCGUAUCUGUGGCAGAGCUUCACGGCCGAGCAAAUGUGGCGCAACCGUCUCGGUCGCCGUGUAUUCCGUUUCGAGGAGGAAUGGACACAGGGCACGGCCAAUUUGCGGGACCGUGAAUUCGGAACGAUGCGCUCUGAAGCGCGCAUUCACGUUAUCCGCACCGACAAGACCAUCGCUGAGCUGCGGAGUCUCGACAACGCUCAGCAAAAUGCCAAGGCGAAGAACCGUGACGCCUUGUAUAGCAUCGCAAUCGACGCCGUCCGCAACUACUUCCAGCCCAAGUCCGGCCAGACCAUGUACGUCUCCGUUCUGCUCCUCGACGCCCAUUGGGACAAGAGCGCACAGAUGAUCACCGGCCAUGCAGCCCUCGGCGGCGGUGCAGGUGAUCUCCGCGUGGGUGUCUUUGGAUCACAUGCCAUGCAGAGUUACCCGACCUGCUUCGAGGAGGUGGUCCCUGCGUUCAGCGAUUGUACGCCGACUGAUCUCAAUUACGUCGGGAAUGAUGCCGGCGAGUCCGGCAGCUCGUGGGAAGCGGCCAACAUUGGCAUUGGCGCCCACCUGCACGAGACAGGCCAUCUACUUGGCCUGCCCCACCGCGAGAAUGGCAUCAUGCUGCGCGACUACGUCCGGUUGAACCGCAGCUUCCUCACACGCGAAGCAUACUCGACACGCACCAAGUCCAAAGGCGGCCUGGUGCUCGAGAAGGACGAGUGCACAUGGCACCGCCUCGACUGCCUGCACUUCAAGACGCACCCCUGCUUCCGCCUGCCCAACGAUCCACCUUCGCAAGUCGACGACAGCGUCCAAGCCUGGCCAAUUGAAGGCAAUUGUGUGGCCAUCACGGCGGCAUCGGGCGUGGCAUAUAUCGAGCUGCACGCCGAGGGUGACAGCGUGUGCAAGUCGUGGAUUGAAUACCCACUCGACAACGGCGCGCCACUCCAGCGGCAAGUGGUACUGACUGAGCAAGACAUUCGGAACAGGCUGCCCGAGGCCAAGCGCCGGAAAGACCCGAUCAAGAUUGCCGUCCGGGCAUGGGGCGGCGGCACUUUGGUGGUCGACGAUGUACGCCAGCUCGUGUCCAAGGAAUCGUCUACAAAACUGAGUGGUGGUAUCCUCAUGGGCAAGACGGCCUACCGGAGCGCCAAGCUCGGCCGUGGCCAGAUGCAAGGCACAAACGCAAACGAGGUCAUCUUCACGAGCGCACAGCAGCAAAAUCGCGUGCUCUCACGGGUCGUCUUCUACCACGGCCGGGCGCUGGACGGUGUGGAGUUUGUAUACGAUGAUGACUCGCGGCAACUAUUUGGCAAGCGCGGCGGCAAGCCGGGCGGCGACUCUUUUGAUAUGGAUGUCCGGCGAGGUGAAUACAUUAGCGGGUUCAAUGUCCGCGCGGGAGCCUGGAUCGAUGGCAUCCAGAUCCUGACAAGUUUGGGUCGGCGAUCGCCCAUGUACGGCAACGCUCACGGCGGCUCUGGCCAUACCCUGAUCCCACCAAGAGGAUACACCAUCUGCGGCGUGUCUGGCUCCUGUGGCUCAUGGGUCGAUUCGUUUGCUGUCCUCAUCACGAAAUAA